AUUCUCUGCGUAAUAAGCAGAACUUGUAAAAAUAGUUAAGUAAAUUGACAAUUAACCCAGUAUCCAAGCAAGACCAAGGCGACAGGAAAGAGUUGUUUUGCUCGAACAAAUCGGAGUACAGCAUGAAAAUGGUGUUGUCGCAGCGGCAGCGCGAGGAGCUUAACCAAGCGAUUGCCGACUAUUUGAGCUCUAAUGGCUAUACCAGUUCAUUAGAGGCGUUUCGUAAGGAGGCCGAUCUCAGCACCGAAGUGGAAAAGAAGUUUAGUGGUCUGUUAGAAAAAAAAUGGACCUCAGUCAUACGUUUGCAAAAAAAAGUUAUGGAAUUAGAGGCUAAGUUGACUGAAGCUGAAAAAGAGGUCAUUGAGGGCGCGCCAACAAGAAACAAACGCACCCCAGGCGAAUGGAUACCCAGACCGCCGGAAAAAUAUUCAUUGACAGGACAUAGAGCCAGUAUCACGAGGGUGAUCUUUCAUCCAAUUUUUGGACUCAUGGUUUCGGCCUCUGAAGAUGCUACUAUAAAGAUAUGGGACUUUGAAACUGGCGAAUAUGAGCGGAGCCUAAAAGGCCACACAGACUCUGUCCAGGAUGUGGCAUUUGAUUCGCAAGGCAAACUUUUGGCCUCCUGCAGCGCAGACUUGUCCAUCAAGUUAUGGGAUUUCCAACAAAGCUAUGACUGUGUUAAAACCAUGCACGGUCACGAUCAUAAUGUCUCUUCGGUGGCUUUUGUGCCAGCUGGCGACUAUGUACUAUCUGCCUCUCGCGACCGCACCAUAAAAAUGUGGGAAGUAGCCACGGGCUACUGCGUCAAAACCUAUACCGGCCAUCGCGAAUGGGUGCGAAUGGUACGGGUGCAUAUUGAGGGCAGCAUCUUUGCUACAUGCUCAAACGAUCAUACAAUACGUGUUUGGUUAACAAAUUCAAAGGACUGCAAAGUUGAAUUGCGUGAUCAUGAGCACACUGUAGAAUGCAUUGCUUGGGCACCGGAAGCUGCUGCAUCAGCAAUAAACGAAGCUGCCGGUGCCGACAACAAAAAAGGCCACCAUCAGGGCCCGUUCCUGGCAUCGGGCUCACGCGACAAAACCAUUCGCAUUUGGGAUGUGAGUGUUGGCUUGUGCUUGCUAACUUUAAAUGGGCACGAUAACUGGGUAAGAGGGUUGGCAUUCCAUCCGGGUGGAAAAUAUGUAGUAUCGGCCAGUGAUGAUAAAACCAUUCGAGUUUGGGAUCUCCGAAACAAACGAUGCAUGAAGACGCUCUAUGCACACCAGCACUUUUGCACAUCAAUUGAUUUUCACAAGUCUCAUCCGUAUGUCAUCUCCGGCAGCGUUGAUCAAACAGUUAAAGUUUGGGAAUGCCGUUAACUCAGCAAACGAUUUGCCUCCUUUAUUAAAUAUACAUAUUAAAGCAACUAUUUAAAUACAUACAACAAAAAAUACCCUUACAACGUCUGUGUCACAUGGAAGCAACCUUUUAGGAACACGUAAAAAAUUGAAAAAUAUUUAUUAAAACAGCUACCUAAGAAUUGCUAACCUUCAAUGCAAAUUAAAAUACAUAUAUAUAUAUACAUAUAACAACUGUAAAUUAUAAUUACUGUUAAUUUAAUUGUACACAGUUGAGCCUCGCACUAUAGGCCACGCUCACAAAAUAUAAAUGCACGCUCGCUAGCCGAUUGCCGUGAAAACAUUGCUUCGUAGUAGGAUUUUCGUAAAAUAAAACAUAUUUAAGCAAAUAAUACAUACAUUAGCAACAAACAAAGUAAAGUGUUUCUUUGCAACUCCAUACAAUUAUGUAGAUCAUUUCUUUUAAAAUUGUUUUUAUCACAUACAGCAAAUCGACUUAAGAAAGUAAUUGUGUUUCAGUGAGUGGUAAAAAUAUUAAUGGUUUUAACAUAGGUUCAACCAUAAAACAUUGUAUUCUCAAAACUUUGCUUUGUUAAAAUUACUUCAAUUUUAUUAUGGAUUAUAAUUUAAAUAAUUUAUAAUGGAAUGCGUUUUUGUCAACAAUCUAAAGCAAACUCUGUUUUACGUUCUUUUUAAAAAAAGAUUUAAAAAAAAAAAAACAGAAAUUUAAAUUAUGAACAAUAUUAGGUUUGUUUUUAAGAUCAACGCACUACUUUAUGUUGCAUAUUUAGUUGUAAUUUGUGACUAAGUGCAAAGGCAAAAUAUAUUCAGCAUUCAAAAUUA